GCGCAUGCGUUUGACGUCAUAACAAAAAAUAUUUUUAUGUAGGAUAGAAGAUCAAUGAAAUAGACUGUAAGCGGUGGCCAAAAGCACUUAAGGGAAUACAUAAACACGUGAAACAGAGAUAUCAGCUUAAUAUCUUAAGCAGAGCUAAUGAAACUGGACUUUCCGGCGCGAACUGGAGGCAGAGACCUCUUUUUCUGUACUCGUUGUAGUACCGCCGCUGUCCGCGCGGACUCCUGUUGCUUCCCUGCGCUGCGUGCGGUUCCGGCUUCGAACGCGUCCUGCUUUGCCGCUGAAGCUGCGCUUUGCUGCGAAACCCAGCUGCUCCGUGACACCUGUCAAGCAUGGCGCAGCUCCGCUGAGGCAGACGUGGGGAGAAGCGCUGUCUCUGCAGAGGGAUGAACAACAAGGACCCGAAGGUGAAUUAGCCUGCGUCCUCAAAUCCAGUCGGCGCGUCCGCGAAGCCCGCAGCCACCGAUAACCGACCGGACACACACACACACACACACACACACGUCGCCGGUAAAAAAAAAAAUGCCGUCUCCGAAAGCCAAAAACAACGGGGGGCGAAGCAGCAGCAGUAGUCCCAGCAGCGUGGGCAGCAACAACGGGCGGUACGAGUUCAUGUCCCUGAGCCGGACUCCCCCGCCGCACCUUCUGCAGAGACAGGGCUCCGAUCCGACGUGCGCGCGCCUCCGCGCCUCCGAGAGCCCGACGCGCCGCCGCGGCUCGGCCUCCUCCUCCGGCGGGCCCUCGUCCUCGGGCGCCGGAGCAGCGCAGCAGAUGCCGGAGGAGGACUGCAUGCGCCUGAACCCGUCCUUGGUGGGCAUUGCGCUCAGCUCCCUGCUCGCCGUCGACCUGUGGCUCUCCAAGCGCCUCGGGGUGUGCGCCUGCGAGGACUCGUCCUGGGGCAGCGUGCGGCCGCUCAUGAAGCUCGUGGAGAUCUCGGGCCACGGCAUCCCCUGGCUGGCCGGCGUCCUCUACUGCCUCUACAAGAGUGACAGCGCAGCCGGCCAGGAGGUCAUGCUCAACCUCCUCAUGGCCCUCAUCCUUGACCUUGUGCUGGUUGGGGUGGUGAAGGCCAUCGUGCGCCGCCGCCGUCCCUCCCACAAUCGCAUGGACAUGUUCGCCACCUUCUCCGUGGACCGCUACUCCUUCCCAUCAGGCCAUGCCACACGAGCUGCCCUCUGUGCCCGCUUCCUGCUCGCUCACUUGGUACUGGCCGCCCCACUCCGAGUGCUGGUGCUGCUGUGGGCCGUGCUGGUGGGCCUCUCGCGCGUGCUGUUAGGUCGCCACAACGUAACAGACGUGGCCUUUGGCUUCGGCAUGGGCUACUGCCAGUACAACCUAGUGGAAGCGCUCUGGGUAUCACCAGUGGGACUGCAAGGCAUGCUGGGACUUUGGAACUAAGGAAAAUGCGUGAUUUGAGGGAUUUAAUGAGGAGCAAUAAGUGAUAGGGAUACAGUCGGCUAUUCGCAUCACUGUGCAUUUUAGUCCUGUCUGCUAAACACAACUGAUAAAAACACUGCAUAAAAAAUGGCUGCACUGUCGUGUUAUAUAUAAAUACUGUAAUUAUUGAUGUUAUGAAGAAUUUUUUGUGUACGUGUCUAUCUGUUUGCGUGGGUUAUUACCAUUAUAAUUACGUAAAGCACUGGGUCCGUAAAGCUUUUCACGGGUUCAAUAUUACACCAGAGUUGGAAAUGAUGAGCUCAUGGGCGCUGCUUUGUUAUACUUCAGCUUUCUGAUUGGAAAGCUAUGUUGAGUCAGUGUGCUGCAUUUUAAUAACACUUUAAUUCUAAUAAUAUUGAAUGUGACCAUUUGAAUUAAGGUAAUCAUGGGACUGAUGACUAAUGAAGGGGCCACUUUAGAAUGCAGUCCUGCUUACUUUGCUGAAUUUUGUGUGCUGUAGUUCUAGUUAGUUUGAAGCAGACUGCCUUUCCUUUUUUUUCGUAGGUUAUUAUAUUUUCUAUGAUGUUGAAUUAUUUUUAGUAUUUCUGUUCUCUGGUGAAGUAUGUUAUUGUGAGUUUUUACUGGGG